GUAAUAGGAGAAGAUGAAGCGACUUUAAAAAAAACCUUAGCUUCUCUGGGUAUCUAUCUGAAGGCUUCUCACUUUCAACUAGAUGUUAAACCAUUAUUGCGGAUAGUAUUGGACCAAUUCUUUGGUCAAGCAACUGGAUUUGUCGACAUGGUUGUUCAACAUAUUCCAUCGCCGGAAAAAAAUGCCAUUAAAAAGAUAAAACACACAUAUACUGGACCGAUGGAUACUGAAGUUGCAGAAGCAAUGCGUAAAUGCGAUUCGGAUGGUCCCUUAAUGAUUUAUGUGACAAAGUUAUAUAAUUCAUCUGACGCGUCAACUUUUGACGCGUUUGGUCGGAUUAUGAGCGGAUCGGUUAGAAAAGGUCAGAUUGUAAGAGUUCUAGGAGAAGGAUAUUCAAUUGAUGAUGAAGAGGAUAUGACUGUACAAGAGGUUUUGGAUGUUUGGAUUUUUGAAUCUAGAUAUAGAAUUGGUGUGGAUGGUGUACCCGCUGGAAAUUGGGUGCUCUUGGGUGGUGUUGAUAAUUCCAUCGUGAAAACUGCGACCAUUACUGAAAACUCUGAAGAAGAAGGGCACAAAUAUAUCUUUAGACCUUUGUCAUUUGUUACAACUGCU